CCUGAAUGGCUGCGUUUCACUGCGUUAUCGCGGCGGGAUUGUUGACGCGACGUUCACGUGUGUUACCGUCUUCAGGAACAUCGCGGCACGUAAAAACAUCUUUUGAUUAAUGGCGUAUUGCAAACAACUUUCAGGUGCAUACAGUCAUCUAGUGCACAAGAACAUGCAGCGCUCACGCCUUUACGCUGAUGAUCUACACAUAAACUUAAUGUCUUGCAAGAAUUUAAACUGUACCUUUUAAACAGUCUUCCUCUCCCCUCAUCCCAAGUAAACCCUUCAAAGACCAUUAUCACAGAAAAAGGGGAAAAAUGUAUUUAUUGUGUAGUCUAUCACGUACAUAACUUAUCUAUAUAUUGCCUUCUUCUCUCGGGAGAUAAUGGCGUUGGUUUGCGCAUGCACAGUGGCUACCCGGAAGUACGUCACGAUCGGCAAAGGACAAUAUCCGUCCGCUUUUUUGUCGGUUAGUGCCUCGUUUGUCCACGCAUAGUAGCGCUUCUGUUGGCUAAGAUGAAAGAAGACAAUCGACUGAAAAAGAGAUCUCAUGGAGACGUUGAGGGCUUGGAGGACGACGAUUACAUCCCCUACGUUCCCGUCAAAAUCCGUAAACUACAAAUGAUUCAGAAGAUGUUGCGAUUGCGUGGUAAAGCAAUGGAUGAGGAACAUCGAGCCCGUAGGGAGGAUCAAAGAGAUGAAGACGAAGUGCUCGGUCCACGUUCCAAUGUCAGCCUCCUUGACCAGCAUCGGCAACUCAAGGAAAAAGCAGAAGCACGCAAAGAGUCAGCCAGGGAGAAGCAACUCAAAGAGGAAGAUAAGAUUUUAGAAAGCGUUGCAGAAGGGAGAGCUUUGAUGUCGGUGAAAGAAAUGGCCAAGGGGAUCAUUUAUGACAAUCCAAUCAAAACAAGCUGGAAGGCUCCACGCCAUGUCCUAAAUUUGCCUGAGACCAGAAAUGAGCGUGUCAGAAAGAAGUUUCACAUCCUGGUUGACGGAGACAGCAUCCCUCCUCCGAUCAAAAGCUUCAAGGAGAUGAAGUUUCUGCCAGCAAUUCUUAAAGGUUUGAAGAAGAAAGGAAUUGUACAGCCAACACCAAUUCAGAUUCAAGGAAUCCCCAUAGUUUUAUCGGGUCGCGACAUGAUCGGCAUCGCCUUUACUGGUUCGGGCAAAACUUUGGUCUUUACUUUGCCCAUCAUCAUGUUUGCCCUGGAGCAGGAGAAGAGGUUGCCCUUCUUCAAAAGAGAGGGACUGUACGGACUCAUCAUUUGUCCUUCAAGAGAACUCGCUCGACAAACGCACGGCAUCAUUGAAUAUUACUGCAAACUGCUGGAGGAAGAAGGAGCCCCAAAGUUGCGAACAGCCCUCUGUAUUGGAGGUAUGUCAUUAAAAGAGCAAAUGGAAGUUGUGAAACAUGGUGUACACAUGAUGGUUGCCACUCCUGGGCGUCUCAUGGACUUGUUGCAGAAGAAGAUUGUAAGUCUGGACAUCUGUCGCCACCUGGCCCUGGAUGAGGCUGACAGGAUGAUUGACAUGGGCUUUGAGGAGGACAUCAGGACAAUUUUCUCUUAUUUUAAGGGUCAAAGACAAACCUUGCUUUUUAGUGCCACCAUGCCCAAGAAGAUCCAGAAUUUCGCCAAGAGUGCUUUAGUAAAACCGAUCACCAUCAAUGUUGGCCGAGCAGGUGCUGCCAGCUUGAAUAUUAUCCAGGAAUUUGAGUACGUAAAAGAGGAGGCAAAGAUGGUGUACCUGCUCAAAUGUCUCCUGAAAACUGCGCCUCCCGUCUUGAUUUUUGCUCAGAAAAAGGCAGAUGUGGAUGCCAUCCAUGAGUAUUUGCUGCUGAAAGGUGUGGAGGCGGUGGCCAUCCAUGGAGGAAAAGAUCAGGAGGAAAGAACAAAAGCCAUUGAAGCGUUCAAAGAAAAGAAGAAUGUACUUAUUGCCACAGAUGUGGCAUCCAAAGGUCUGGAUUUCCCGGCCAUCCAGCAUGUCAUCAACUACGACAUGCCCGAGGAGAUCGAAAACUAUGUCCACAGGAUUGGAAGAACAGGGCGAUCUGGCCAUACCGGUAUAGCCACAACAUUCAUCAAUAAAGGCUGUGACGAGUCCGUAUUGAUGGAUCUGAAUGCCGUGCUUGUAGAAGACAAGCAAAAGGUUCCUCCGGUUCUGCAGGUGCUCCAGUUCGAGGACGAAACAAUGCUGGAUAUCGGAGGAGAGAGGGGUUGUACAUUUUGUGGCGGUCUUGGUCAUCGUAUUACAGACUGCCCGAAAUUAGAGGCAAUGCAGACCAAGCAGGUCACCAACAUCGGCAGGAUGGACUACCUGGCUCGCAGCUCUAUGGACUUUUAAGUGUUUUUAUACUUGUAUAUACUUGUACUUGUAUACUUAUCCUUGUAAAUAUUGUAAAUAAAUCUUUC